GUUGUGUGCAUGAAGAAUGAAGCGAAAUGGCUAACACCAAAGCAGCUGCACUUGAUAUUCCGAAUUUCGAUUGCCCUUCGUGGGCAGGGAAGCCUCCUGCGGGACUCCAUCUGGAUGUCGUCAAAGGGGACAAACUUGUAGAGAAGCUCAUCAUCGAUGAGAAAAAGUUCUACCUGUUUGGUAGGAACCCGGACAUGUGUGACUUCACCAUCGACCACCAGUCAUGCUCCCGCGUACACGCAGCUCUGGUCUACCACAAACACCUCAAGAGGCUCUUCCUCAUAGACCUCAACAGCACACACGGUACGUUUCUGGGCCACCUCCGGCUGGAGCCCCACAAGCCGCAGCAGGUGCCCAUCGACUCCACCAUGUCGUUCGGGGCGUCCACGCGCGUCUACACCAUCCGGGAGAAGCCCCAGACGCAGCCCGGGGCCGGGGGAGGGGACGGCAAGGCCGGGGACGACGAGGAACUCAAGGGUCUACUGGGACUGCCUGAGGAGGAGACCGAGCUGGAGAACCUGACUGAGUUCAACACGGCCCACAACAAGCGCAUUUCCAGCCUGACCAUCGAGGAGGGCAACCUGGACAUGCAGCGACCCAAGAGGAAGCGACGCAACUCCCGCGUCACCUUCAAGGAGGACGACGAGGUCAUCAACCCAGAGGACAUCGACCCGUCCGUGGGCCGUUUCAGGAACAUGGUGCAGACUGCGGUGGUUCCCAUGAAGAAGAAGAAGAUGGAGGCCUACCAGAACGCGCUGGGCCUGGGCCUGGACGACUCGCUGCCGCGCUCGCACUCCUUCGGGGGCCGCGGCGGGCUUUACGCCGACCUGCCUCCCUCCAUGCAGCAGGACGGCCAGCCGGCCGGCCCCGGCGCCACCAUCCUGGGCGGCGGCCUGCCCCUGCCCAUGCCCAACCCCGCGCCCGAGGUGGACCUGGCACCCGAGAUGCCCCGGCCGCCCAUCACCCUCCACCCCGCCGCCCCCGCCGGAGGCCUCUACCCCUCCUCCGAGGGCCUCAACGAGCCGCGCAAGAAGAAGUACGCCAAGGAGGCGUGGCCGGGAAAGAAGCCCACGCCCUCACUGCUCAUCUAGACGGCCAAUGGCUGGCCGGGGCGGGGUGGAGUGGGCAGGGCGGGCUCAGGUGGGUGGAGGCUUGGUCGUAGAAAUGGUGAAGAAAGUAGUGUGGGGUUGGUAAUGGACAUUGAUGGACAAGGACACUGAUGGAAACCUGGAUGGAAAAUGGAGACAUCAUAGGAAAGGUGGGGUCGGGAUAACUGAAGGGCGAGGAAGCGGUUCUUCUUUGUGUUAAUGGAUCGGCGGUUUUAUUUUGCCCCACAGGUAUUUUCCUUAUUAGACAAAGAUCUAUUUAUACAGGGUUUUGGUUGUGACUUCAUCAGGUAUACAGUGGAUGGGGAGGACUGUGGGACUUCCACUUUGCCAUUCACUAACGCAUUCCACUUUGUUCUCAUCCACUACUAAGGACCUGCCAAUGCCACCUCCACUGGUUUCUAUAAGGAGGUGUAUUUUUUGUAAAAUACUUGUUACGCCGUUUUGUUUUUUAUUUUGCAUAGAUGAUAAAACAUGUACUGUCGUGCCCCCUCCCACUCUUCACCCCCACCCGCACGCACACAAGCGCGCACACACACACACACACACACACACACACACACACACACACACACACACACACACACAUACAUUCUUGCAAGCUAUGUUUGUGGUCCAGUUAAAGAAUGAAUGCUACGAUAGAUGUUUUUUAUCCCUGUGCUCAGGCUUAAGAUUAUAUGUAUAUUUUUUGUUUUAUUUUUCUUUUAUUUGUUAUUUUCACAUGUAUUUUCUGUAACUGUUUUAUACAUCCUCACUACACAAAGUUAAUACAGAAAUAUACCAUUUGUAUACUAAAAGCACACCACUUGUGAAGUCUGACACGUGAGGACACAAAAACCCUUUCUGUAGACCUCAACAUCCAUUCAAAUCAAAUGGGAGGAAAGACUGACUGUGAAGCCAUCCCGUUUGGGUCAGUUGGCCUGUUUGUCAUCACACCAUCUACAAAAAGAAUCAGUUAAAGGUAGAGUGUGUACAUUUUUUAAUAGCAGUUUCCAGAAAUUAUGCCGCCCAUUCACAAAUGUGACCUUUUUCAUGAAUGUUUACCACAACCAUCAAUAUCUAAGUGUUCCAUUAAUGACUGGGACAGUUUCAUAUGAAAUAUGAAAUGUGGAUCUUCUCCAUGUCUGCCGUUUUGAAUUUUGGCUGCUAAACUUACUGUACUUUGGUCAGACCAGUAAAUAUGAGUUUUUUUUUACUAACUAAAUAUUCAGGAAAACAUCAAAAUUGUGACUAGGCAGCAUGCAUUUUUGAAAACGAAUAGGUAAAAUUACAUUGUCUACCUUUUAAGACUUAAAGACUGUAGUGAGAAGCGUUGCCAAGUAGUCCUGGGACACAGUACUGUAAAACGUCAAUUCUGUGUGGUUUAUUAUGCCACUAGGUGGCAGUGUACACAAAACAAUCAGCAGCGCUUUUAGAUGACAAUACCAUGGCUCUGGAAUCUUGCCAGUGUAAGUGCAUGACCAAUGUUGUUGUCAUCUUUUUUUAGGUAUCUUUUGUAGUUUGUCCACAUCUACAAAACUGACUGGCCGUGCAUAAGGGUGUUAGCUAGUGUUGGUCUCUAGAGCUAGCCAAGUAGUAUUGUCUCCUGGGAUACAGCCACUGGCCUCUGGAGCAUUUCCUUGUAGGGUACAUUCCACUCUGGGCUGGCUCUGUAGCCUGGUCCAAAAACCAACCCUUUGUACUGCACUCUACGACUUUGUUUAGAGAGCCUGGCUGUGGUUGGACAGUUAUGGUUCUAUCCGGCAGCUUUUAGGAGGGCCAGUUAGAGGGUGCCUUUGAACCAGACCAUCUGCACAGAAAGCAGGUGUGGUACAACAGGCUGGAUUUGACCAGGCUAGUUGCUAACUCUUAACGUGCACCAUUUGGAGAGGAACCAUCUUGGGGCUUUCUGCUAAAACCUGCACCUCUCCUCACUUAUCAUUGGCACGAUGUCUUUCCUCCCAUGUCAUGCCAUGUCAAUCCUAACAAUGUCAACGGUGCCAGAGGCCAUGUACGCUGUGUCUUUGAUACUACAGAGAGCAAAUAAAAACCAUUUGUACUGUUGUUUUUAA